AUGGAGUUGCAAGAAUCACAAUUCCAUGGUCUCACGUGGGUAGAAGAGACAAUUUUCGGUUCUGAGCCCCGAUGGACUGUGGAACCUGAUACCGGGAGUAUAAAGCAGACAGUACAGUCGCUUCGACCGUCAAGUACGGUUGAGGCGACUUUCCUCGCCCAGGGUGCAUUCAACAAGAUCUACAACGUUAACAUAGAUAAUGAACCAUUUAUUAUGCGAGUCACAUUGCCUGUCGAUCCACGUCACAAAGUUAUAAGUGAGGUGGCGACAAUGGACUUUGUGCGCCAUACUACAAGCCUCCCGAUCCCUAGAAUUAUCACUUACCAACCUUCCCGAAACAACCUGAUUGGAUUUGAAUGGAUGCUUAUGACCAAGUUGCCCGGAAAGCCCUUCAGUGAACUUUGCCAUUCUCUUUCCUUCGAUGCGAAAGCACGCCUAGUUAGGGAGCUUGCCGCAAGCUCGGCUUGCCUUUUUCGAAAUCAACUACGCGGAAUUGGGAACAUCUAUGGGAAACCGUCACCUAUUGAAAGAUCAACAUCGAGCGAGAAAAAUCUGCCCUAUAGAGAGCUAGUCGAUACCAAAAUAUCAAAUUCGGCAAAGGAAUACGAGUCAGAUGAUGGUAGUGCGGCCAUAGGGAAGAACUCGGGAGCUCUUCUAUCCAAUGCAUCCGUCAAAGGCUCUUUAGAAGGGACCUUGCCGGCUGUGGACCGGAUUGUCUCUAUGCAAUUUUUCUGGGACUCACAUAUCCGUCAGGAUGUCCACCGAGGCCCAUUCCGGUCAAGUAAGGACUGGAUUAUAGCUCGCCUUUUAUUCAACGAGAACGACUGUCAUUCGGCUCUAAAUAAAUAUUCAGCUGGAGACCUUGAUAGUGACGCCGAAGACGAAGUGGAGGGUGCGACAAGAACGCUACAAACAAUCGAGAGCCUCAAGUCCCUUCUUCCUCUGGUAUUUCCAGCGGAAAGUCAUGAUCUAGAACCUUCAAUGAUAUUUCACGACGAUAUCUCACGACACAAUAUACUCCUUGACGAUAGCGGGAAGCUGACUGGCUUGCUAGACUGGGAGUGUGUCUCAGCGGUGCCUUUAUGGAAAGCCUGUGACUAUCCUUCGUUUCUAGAAGAGCGACCACGCCACUCAAAGCCUCUUCCUGGAAGCUACAAAGUCGAAGAAAAUGGGGAGCCUAAUGAACUCUACUUUGAGCACCUAUGGCAUUAUGAGACCACUCUCUUACGCGAUGUAUUUAUUGAUGAAAUGAGAAGACUAGAAGUGGGAUGGGUGGAAGUUUUUGAAAAGAGCCAGGUCAAAAGAGAUUUUGACUAUGCAGUGCAGCAUUGUGAUAGUGAAAUAUCUGCCCGCGAUAUCGAAGCAUGGAUCGGAGAUAUAAGCGCUGGUAUAAGCAAUCCGCGCAGCUUGAAUGAUAGAUUCUGGUCAGCAUAA